UGUGAUUGUAAACACAACUCGUAUACUUGGUUCACGUCGCAGUCGGCUUGGAUAACAUAUCAAAUGUGAUUAUAAAAAAGUGCCAACGUACAAGGCCUACUUUGAUGGCAAUUUUCGUUGACUGAUUAUUUGUCGGACAUUAAAAAUAAUUUGCUAGUAUUUUACUGGAUGUUCCGCCCUGAAAGCAUUCAGUGACGACAGAAAUGACAUUGUUUGAAGACCUCUCGUUCAAAGAUAUCUUGGCAUCCUCGGCCACUAUAUCGACAGUAUUACAGUUUUUAACGGGAUCCGUGAUAUGCCACCGAUAUAUUAGAAAAAAGUCUACUGGAGAGACAUCUGCAGUUCCUUUCGUUUCUGGAUUUCUGUCGUGCUCUCUGUGGCUGAAAUACGGAUUACUAUCGCAAGAGCAUACGAUAAUAUUCGUCAACACGAUUGGAUCAGCAUUGUUUUUCUCUUAUAUUAUUAUUUACUUCACAUUUUCGGUGAACAAACGAACAGUGGUACGGCAAUUUUUGGCAGUUUCAUGCUUCAUAUUGGCAUGUACUGUAUACACUAAAUACGAAUUAGAUACUGAAAAAGCUCUGCGGGUCAUAGGACUGAUCUGUUGUUGUGUUGGUGUAUUGUUUUUCGCAUCACCACUGUCAGUAUUGAAACAAGUGAUACGAACUAAGAACACUGAAAGUCUCCCUUUUCCCAUUAUCAUUGCGUCGUUUUUCGUAUCCCUGCAAUGGUUUCUCUAUGGACUGCUGAUAGAAGAUAAUUUCAUCCAGGUUCCAAAUCUUUUGGGAUGCAUCUUAUCUUCCAUUCAACUGCUGUUGUAUGUGAUAUAUCCUAAUAGAAAACCGAACUCUGAUGGGGGACCAUCAUACCAACCAUUACGUUCAGAUGCCAACAUCCUUUGAAAAUAUUUGGUUAAACCAAGCAGGUCAUAUACGAUUGACCAGAUUGCUAUCAACUUUUGGGAUAAGUAUUUCCAAAGGUAUUCGUGUUUCAUCCUUUAGAUGUAAGUUUUGAAGUAUUGAAAUGAAAAUAAACUUAUGACUGCUAGCUUCCAUGAGGCUUUUUUCAUCCGUUGCAGUAAGCUAUUCAAAGUUACCAUUC